GGAAAUACUCUCUGGCAGAGUCUGCGUGGGACAGGGCGGCUGAUUGGCAUAUCCAGAGGUUCCCUUCCCAGGUCCAGCCCAGGUGCUCACCAUGCCCACCAUCUCCCCUGAAUCAAGUUUAGAAGACUUUGAGUAUGAUGAGCUUGCAGAAGCCUGUGAUAUGGGGGACAUCGUGGCCUUGGGAACUGUCUUCCUGGCCAUACUCUACUCCCUUGUCUUUGCCUUUGGCCUGGUGGGAAAUUUGUUGGUGGUGUUUGCCCUCACCAACAGCCAGAAGCCCAAGAGCAUCACUGACGUUUACCUCCUGAACCUGGCCUUUUCUGAUCUGCUCUUUGUAGCCACCUUGCCCUUCUGGACUCACUAUCUUAUAAACGAGCAAGGCCUUCAUAAUGCCGUGUGCAAACUCACCACCGCCUUCUUCUUCAUUGGGUUUUUUGGAGGCAUAUUCUUCAUCACCAUCAUCAGCAUCGACAGGUACCUGGCCAUUGUCCUGGCCGCCAACUCCAUGAACAACCGGACCGUGCAGCAUGGCGUCACCAUCAGCCUUGGCGUCUGGGCAGCCGCCAUCUUGGUGGCCGCUCCCCAGUUCAUGUUCACCAAACAGAAAGAAAACGAAUGCCUUGGUGACUACCCCGAGGUCCUACAGGAAAUCUGGCCUGUGCUCCGCAACGUAGAAAUAAAUUUUCUUGGCUUCCUGCUCCCCCUGCUUAUUAUGAGUUACUGUUACUUCAGAAUCAUGCGGACACUUUUUUCCUGCAAAAACCAAAAGAAAGCUAAAGCCAUUAGGCUGAUCUUUCUUGUGGUCAUCAUGUUUUUCCUCUUCUGGACACCCUACAACGUCAUGAUUUUCUUAGAGACACUCAAUCUCUAUGACUUCUUUCCCAACUGUGACAUGAAGAGGGAUCUGAGGUUGGCCCUCAGUGUGACCGAGACAGUUGCAUUUACCCACUGUUGCCUUAAUCCCCUUAUCUAUGCAUUUGCUGGAGAGAAGUUCAGAAGAUACCUUUACCACCUGUACAGGAAAUGCCUGGCUGUCCUGUGUGGCCAUCCCGUCCACGUCAGUUUCUCCCUGUCCCUGUCUGAAUCACAAAGGAGCAGGCGAGAAAGUGUUCUGAGCAGCAAUUUCACUCAUUACACCAGUGAUGGAAAUACAUCCAUCCUCCUCUGAAAGCCUUGUCCCUCCAACAAGCCUGGAGUUUCUGAGACUGACACUGAAUAAUGAGGACAGAUUUUUUAAAUUUCUUACAUGCAAGAAACAAUGGGCCUGAUGCCCAAAAGCAAUCCUGAAAGCAUUUUUGAGAAUUGGCUCAAAAUCUGAAUGAUAAAGGAUAGGCAUGUUUCUUACUGCCAAUGUCAGGAGUUUCUUGUUUACAAAUUACAAAAAUUCAACUCAGAUUAAUUUAGCCUGAAAAGAGGCAGUAUCAUUUGCAUUGUAACAUGGGCAAGGGGGUGGCGAAUCCUCAGAGUGAGUGAAAACUAGAGACUGAAUCUAGCUAGAACUUCCUCUCUCUGACUCUCAAAUCUCUGAGUGGUAACAGAGAUCCCAGACUCACAUAACACAGCUUUGUCAUCAGAGAGGGAAUGAGACCUAUAUCCCUCUGGUCCCAAGGUCAAAAUUCCCAGGGAAGGGCUCUGAUUGGCCAAGUUUGUAUCAGAUUCUCAUCCUUGGACCAGGUGGCGGUAUCCACAGGGAAGACAUAGAUAAGAUGGCAGCUUCCAUUCCAAUCUUGUGGUUGGAGAUGCGUGAAGACAUAUUUCCAAGAAGCUGGAGGGGUGGGUGCUGCUUUGAUCAGAUAUAACAAGAGUUGCCCACCAACUUUACCAUGUGUCUGGCCCAGCCCCACCCCGAUCAUACCAGCCAGCACACACCACCAGCCUCUUCUUCAUUAAACCCCCUCUGUCAUGUCCCCAAACCUAUAAAGGUUCCCCAGCGCCUACUGCAUCAAGUCCAAGCUCAAAUGCCUGGCCUCUGACACCCUCCAUCAUGUGGUUCCACCAACAGAUUCGCCAGUACCUCCCCUUCACAAAGGACUCCAGCCACCUUGUCAGUCAGGUCUCUUCAAUCCGGCCGCAUGCAUCGCCACCUGCUCCAGAGCCCAGGGGGAUAAACAGAAAAAACACUGGCCCAAACUGAGAAGGCAUGGUUUCCAAUCCCAACUCUAUCACUUAUCCGCUGGGUAAUUUGGGGCCAACUGAACUUCAGUUUCCUCAUCUGUAGAAUGGAGAUAAUAGAACUUUUCACGUAGGAAGCAUCCUUUCCAGCAUGAGGAACCAGCCUCUAACUCUUGCAGGUUCCAACCCUCUUGUCUGGUUCCCAGACUUCAGCUUUUCCUCCACUUGGCACCGUGCUUAAGUGGUGCUGUUGACAGAGCUUGGAAGGGCCUUGCGGGCUCUGCUGCAUGAUGUAGCUCAGACACAGAGGAGGCUGGCUCCUACAAUGGCGCUAAAUGGACACUCGUAGAUAUACAGGUUGAUAGCCUUUCCUGACCCAACCCUCCCGGACUGCCUGGAACAUUUCAUCCCAAUCAACUGGUGGCAACCCCAUCUGGAGAGAACCCCAUCAUUCAUGCCACUGCCAACCUGGACAGCCAGGGUCCCAGGAGCAGUUUUCCCUUUCUCAGUAAACAUUUGGGAUGGACUGAAACUUUAAAGAUUGAAAAACAAUUGUGAUGAUGCUGAAGAAAAUAUCAUCUAUAAUCUAACUACAAAAUAUCUUCAUCUGCCCACCAGACCUCGUUCACACCCUCACGUGUUUCGAGUUGCAAUCAUAAUGUACAGAAAGUUUCAUAAUCUGCUUUUUUUUUCUCUUAACAUUAGGCCACAAAUAACCCUCUGUUUCUAUAUAGUUUUGUAAUGAUCAUUUCAGAAGACUCUGCCAGGUUGUGUACUCACUGAAGGCGUCUGACUCAUUCUUCUAUUUCUCACUCCUUGGUAGUCAGUAUAUUUGUUUAACCAAUAACAGAAUGAAUUACGUUCCAUCAAGAUCAUGUACUGUAACUUACUCAUCAUUACCCUAUUAAUAAACAUUUCGCUUGUUUCCAAUAUUUAGCAAAUACAUAUUUUA